ACCGGGUCGGUCGGGAGAAGAUGUGGGUGCGUGUCCUCGUCUGUGCAGCUGUCAGUGUUACAAUACAGCAUACAGUACUCGGUGAAAGUAUAGCAGAUGGGAAAGUUGCAACGCAAAGUAGUACGCAUGCUGCCGGAAGUCGGGCUCUCAGUGAAGCCUACAGGUCCUCUGGGUCAUUAACACAGCUUGAAAAACAGACCUGGUGGGAGGUGGACCUGCGUGGCUACUUCAAUAUCAACAACAUCACCCUCACAGCAGCCACUAACGGAUGGGCUACUUUCAUGGCAGCUGUUUCUGUGGAGGUGAUGGACAAAGAUAUCAGCCUCUGCUAUGACGUCCAGGUGGAGUGGUGUGGGAAUGUGUCCAGCACUGUUGCCAGUGGGGAGGAAUUCACCUUCACCUGCAAUGCCACAUUCCCCGUUCGUUUUGUGCGUGUUUCAAGGAAUGCCACAAUCAACCAGUACCUCGCUAUCGGACAUAUUGAUGUUCAAGGGGAAGGAACUAAAAAGCCAUAUCGUUCCAACUUCAAAUCCACAAAGAACAAGAAGGUGUCCCGGCCGUUUCUGACCACAUCAGCCAUGACUGCCGGCGACUGUGGCAUCAUUUGUCACAGACAUCAUGCCUGCAUCGACUUCAGCUACAGCAAAACGGCACCUACAGAUGCUAACUGUCUGCUAACUGACAAACCGCUGUCUUCAUAUUUUGUCAACGACAAUUCUUGGACAACCAACACCCUGGAAUGCCUGUCAAAAAUGUGGAUUAUGAUUCUGGCCCCGCCCGCAUCAUUGACAGACACGCUGCGUCGGGCUUUUUUAUUCAGCCUGGACAUCACUCUGCUGAACUUGUAUGAAUCACUGUGAAAAAAGCAUUCUAAUAUCAGAGACAACUAUGGUUUUCCUACAGAACAUUGUUAAUGCUUGAGCUUUUCAAUAAGAAAGUAAAGUAACAAUACUGAACUUCGUCGUGUCAUUAUAGGCCAAACCAAAAGACCAGUAUCACCAUUCGCAGUCAGAUAAUAUGUCUACCACCAUACUUAAGCAAACUAUGUCCUUCAACUAUUCAUUCCUGAAGAAGCACUAUUCACUACUUUGUUUCAAUCUAGCCUCGCGAAUUUUAGUUUUAGGCACACUGAUGAUAAGUGGAAUAUAAAAGAGUGUAUAUCUGUCAGAUUGUAAGAUUCAUAUUUGUUCCUAGCAUUUAAUAUUAUUCACGGACCGAAAGCUCAUGAUGAACUGAUUCUGUUCUGAAAUGAUUGCGUUGUCAAUUGUUUAGAAAUGGCUAUAUCCAUAGUAACUGUUGUUAACGACCCGCAUUUUCUUGUUACACGCUAAUGUAUAUUUAAAAUCUAUUUUUCAACUGUUACUUUGAUAAAAUAUAUAACGUUCUAUUUGACAAAUUCUAU